AUGUUUAAUAACACCGAAUUAAUAAGUGUGAACAAUAUUGAAGAGGACAUUAUUUUAGUAAGUGACAAGAUGCUUUCGUAUUUUACCUUGAUAAACACAUGGGGGUUAGGUCAAUGUUUGACCUUCUUUGGGCUAAUUGCUAAUGUACUAAAUAUCGUCGUUUUUCUGCGACAAGGUCUGCAUGACCCGGUCAACAUCAGCCUUCUUGGACUCAGUGUUUCUGACCUGGGUUCUUUGAUUUUUCAUUUUCUUACAAAUCUCUGUUGGGCCCCUAGUAUAAUCAUGAUGGAUCUGCCGUUCUACCCUACUCAAAUAAUGUAUUUUCUUGUUUGGAUACAAAUCCUCUUUAACAGAGUGACCACUGGCAUGACAGCCUGGAUCAUAUUUGAGCGUUGUUUGUGUAUUGUGCUCCCUCUGAAGAUCAAAUCCAUCAUUACACCCAGACGAACUCUAACAUUCAUUAUUGCGCUCAACGUCAUGAUGUUUUCAUCUGCGAUCCCGGUGUUUUAUGCCACGAGAAUCGUCUGGUUGUUUGAUUCCCGCCGGAAUAAAUCUGUCCUGGGAAUUGCCAGAAUUGCACAUAAUGCUUACAUACAACAGGUCGCUUUCUGGAUAAACAACAUUCUGCCUAUAUCUUUCUUCAUAUUCAUAACUGUGUGUACAGUCAUUCUAGUUAAGUCACUGCAAAAGAACUCCAAAUGGAAAGAAAAAUCUGUAUCUUCACAAAGUCAUGCAGUCACCUCGAGCAGGGACACUAAAGUUGUCCGUAUGGUCACCAUCAUCUCCGCUGUUUUUAUCGUCUGCUACGCCCCUGGAGCUGUAGUCUUCAUAUUUAUUCUCAUUUAUCCAGAAAUGGCGUAUGCGGGCAAACAGAAGAACUUAGUUGUUGCCGUCUUCUCAGUCUUAGUUCAAUUUGAAGGAAUCAACGCGUCUGCUAAUAUUUUCAUUUAUUUAACAAUGAGUUCAAAAUUCAAAAGUACAUUUGAAAACCUUUUCUGCCUUUAUUGCUAUAAUAUAACACGACGCUCAGGAAGUAAUGCUCCAGGAAUAAGGAACUAG